AAGACGACGAAGGACCCGUUACGCGCAAAGCAGGUAACGGUGCUCGACCAGGUCGGAUCGGUUGGUCGCUGCAUACUGCUCCGUCUUGUCUCUCAUCCGCGAGAGCUCGGUUCGCCCUCCGUACAAGGCAGGAGGAGACCGGAACUACGUCCAACCACGGAGUAGCGCGUGAGGUGGCGCGAAGACAUCAAAUUUCUACCCUACAUUGUAGGCUGGAAUAGCAGACGACGCGUCCCUGCUUUCGAGAGCAGAAGGCAAAUCCGAAACAAGAAGGCCGGCCUUCGUAUACGUUCUUCAGCGCCGCUCCUGCGAGAGCGUGCUCUCGGCGUUUCCUUUUGAGUGGUCGUCUGGAAGUGAGCGCCCGGGCUUUGCCGUCCGCUACCGGUCAGGUGGAUAACAGUUGCUCGUCCAACUCCCCGCGAAGGGGGCCCAAAGGACAGCGUCUUACUUGUGGCUGUGGCCCGAUAGAAACGGAGGUCCUAGGUAACUUAUCUGGGGCUGAUUUCGAAUUGUUCGUGCAUCGUGAAAAGGACACCAGCGCCUGCAUCAAGCCUGUGUAACCCGUCGUCUGUCACGGUGUGUGUUAUACUGUGAAAGCUCCUGCCAGUCGGGUUAUCGGCCGCGUCAUAUCAGGACUACCUGUUCAUCACUGGAUUCGGAAAGCAUAGCGCACAGUUCUGUUUCAUCAUGAAACCGAGGUGGAUGUUUCUCGCCUUAUUGGCAGCUUGGUGCGCCUCAAGUACAGUCGAUGCCAGGAGACCGCUGCGCAAAGUCAGCCUCACAAGUCCCUCGGUACCCAGCGGUGGCAACACGGGCAAGAAGAUCGUCUGCUACUUCACCAACUGGGCACAGUACCGCCAGGGUGAUGGCAAGUUCCUACCCGAGGACAUUGACCCGACGCUGUGCACGCAUAUAAUCUACGCCUUCGGCUGGAUGAAGAAGCACAAGCUGUCCUCCUUCGAUGCCUCCGACGACACCAAGAACGGCAAGAAGGGCCUCUACGAGAGGGUCAUCGACCUCAAGAAGAAGAACCCCAACCUCAAGGUCCUUCUCGCUGUCGGCGGCUGGUCAUUCGGCACCCAGCGUUUCAAGGAGAUGGCGUCCAACAGCUACAACCGGCGUCUGUUCAUCUUCAGCGCGCUGAACUUCCUGCGCAGGCGCAAGUUCGAUGGCCUCGACCUCGACUGGGAGUUCCCGCGUGGCACGGAAGAUAAGAAGAACUUUGUCGAACUAGUCAAGGAACUCCGCGAAUCCUUCGAGGCCGAGUCCAAGGAGAAGAAGCUGCCCCGACUGCUGCUCACGGCCGCCGUGUCAGCGGGCGCCGAGACCAUCCGGGGCGGCUACGACGUGCCCGCUGUGGCCGCCUACGUGGACUUCCUCAACGUCAUGUCGUACGACUUCCACGGAAAGUGGGAGAGCGUGACGGGACACAACAGCCCGCUGUACGCUCCCGCCAACGAGAGCACCUGGCGGAAGCAGCUGUGCAUGGACUUCGGCGUGAAGACGUGGGAGCGCCUGGGUGCUCCCAAGGAUAAGAUCGUGGUGGGUACGGGCACCUACGGCCGCACCUUCACGCUGACGAACCCCAAGAAAAACGGCAUGAACGCCCCAUCUUCGGGCGGAGGCGAUGCCGGAGAGUUCACCAAGGAGGCUGGCUUCCUCUCUUACUACGAGAUCUGUGAUAUGCUAAAGAAGGGCGCCGAUUACGUGUGGGACGACGAGCAGCUUGUGCCUUACGCUUACCUUGGAAACCAGUGGGUUGGCUUCGACGACGAGAGGAGUAUCAGGGCGAAGAUGAACUGGAUCAAGGCGAACGGCUACGCCGGUGCCAUGGUGUGGACCGUGGACAUGGACGACUUCCGAGGUCGCUGCACGCCCAAGACCUGGCCUUUGAUCGGCGCCAUGGCCGAAGAGCUCCUUAACAGGCCCAGCCGUGGACCCAAGAACGUGCUGCCCAUCGGCAAGAAGCCGCGCACCAUCGCUUCCAAAACGACGCCGACCACUGAGACCCCCGGAUCCAUCAAGAGGAUCGACAACCCCAAGUCGGCCCCGUCCAGUCUGCCUGCCAAGGACGAGGCUCCCGAACCUGACACCAAUGCCCGCGUGGUGUGCUACUUCACCAACUGGUCGGCCAAGCGCAAGGGCAAAGGUCACUACGAGCCGGAGGACAUCGACCCGACGCUCUGCACGCACGUCAUCUACGCGUUCGCCAACAUCAAGGAGUUCAAGAUCGUGUCCACCGAGCCCGUGGACGAAGGUGACGGCGGUGCCAAGAAGGGCUUCUGGGAGAGGAUCGUGGGCCUCAAGAAGAAGAACCCGCUGCUCAGGGUCAUGCUGGCCGUCGGCGGUUGGAUGCUGGGAUCCGCCCCCUUCAGGGAGGUCACCGAGAACACCUACAGGCAAUCCCUGUUCGUGUUCAACGCCAUCGACUUCCUGCGGGAGAAGGGCUUCGACGGCCUCGACGUAGACUGGGAAUUCCCUCGGGGUGUUGAGGACAAGAAGAGACUGGCUGGACUCAUCAAGGAACUUCGCGUAGCCUUCGACGGCGAGGCGCUGGCGUCCAAGAAGCCCAGGCUCAUCCUCUCCAUGGCAGCACCGGCCAGCUUCGAGGCCAUUUCCGCCGGAUACGACGUUGAGGAGUUGAACAAGCACGUGGACAUGAUCAACAUGAUGACGUACGACUUCCACGGAGACUGGGAACGCCAGGUGGGACAUCACAGCCCGCUGUUCCCGCUCUACACAGCCAGCAACUUCCAGAAGAAGCUCACUGUGGACUACAGUGCGGGUGAGUGGGUGCGUAAGGGGGCCAGCAAGGAGAAGCUGCUGGUGGGCAUCCCGACGUACGGGCGCACCUUCACGCUUGGCGACAACAACCUCACCGACAUCGGGGCACCGUCCAUCGCCGGUGGGAAACCCGGGAACUACACGGGCGAGACGGGCUUCCUUUCCUUCUUCGAGAUCUGCGAUCUCCUGCGAUCCGGAGCAACGCUUGUCUGGGACAACGAGCAGAUGGUUCCUUACGCCUACAAGGACGACCAGUGGGUCGGCUUCGAUGACCAGAGGAGCCUCAAGCUCAAGGUCCAGUGGCUGAAGCAGGCCGGCUACGGAGGGGUCAUGGUCUGGUCUGUAGACCUCGACGACUUCAAAGGCACGUGCACGGGCCAAAGCUACCCGCUGCUGACGGCCAUCAAAGAGGAGCUGAAGGGAUACAAGGUUGCCAACUUGGAGGUGGCCUCUUCCAACGUCUUCAACUCUUACGGACAGCUCAUCGAUCCCGACGAGGUCGUCUGUGACGAGGAGGACGGCCACAUCAGCUACCACCUGGACAAGAAGGACUGCACCAUGUACUACAUGUGCGAGGGAAAGCGACGCCACCACAUGCCGUGCCCCACGAACCUCGUGUUCAACCUGAACGAGAGCGUGUGCGACUGGCCGGAGAACGUCGACGACUGCAAGCACGUCGCGAAGAAGUCCUAGUAGUCCGGCCCGCCUCGCGUCUUUUAAAGAAAAAUUACGCUACCUUGUCGUCGUCGUCGCCCUCGUCGUCUAAAAUGAACACCGUAUCGACGCGUAGCACUUUGUGGAACUGUGUUCUGCGCUGACAGCCCGUUUACAGGAACUUUCACCGGCAUUCUGUAGAUAUGUUUUUCAGAGGCUAUAUUAGUUUCGGCCAGUACAUUGUUUUAUUGAUUGUUGGAUUGGCUUUCCGGCAAAUUAGUCGGUCAUUAUUGCCACGGUGUAGUGAGUUUCAAAUUUAUCAAUUUGGUGUGCGUAGGAUGUCGCGGAUGUCACGUCACAGAUAACGAUAUGGCUGCACUAACGAACAAGAACAAAACUGACACUACAUCAAGAGAGAGCCUUUGGCCUGUGCCCCGUGCACACUGGGUUCGUUUGAGCAGCGACUAGAUUUGCCAUUAGUGAGACAUGGCACAAAAAAGUUCACUUUUGAAUGGGAACUCUGCCAAAUAGAAUCGUUGGGUGGUCUGUGCCCACGAUCUUCGAACUCUCCGAAAUUUCUAGUGGACCGCACCAGCAGGGACGUCUUCGUGAUUCGUUUAACCACUUGCAAAGCGGCUGUAGAGCUGUACAUUGGGCUUAGUAAGCAAGGAAUGUGUGCUUUCGGAGCACAGAAUAAUUGAUUGACGUGGCACUGCGCGCACUGUGCAGGACUUUUGUAGGGUUUGAGGAAUUCGUGCAAUAAUUUCUUUAAUUGGGAGAAGGGCAAAUUUUUGUAGCUCGUCAUACAGCGAGAAAUGAUGUCAUUUGUGCGUGUGAAAAUUUUCUUCUGCUUAAAACGCGUCUCUCCGUUUGCAUUUGCACUGCCACAUAAUUUUAGCUCGAUACAAUCCUUCCCAUGAGGCUUCGCGCGACGACGACCGACAAUAAUAAGCAUCAGAAUUAAAUCUCUCUAGGCGGUGGAGCGGGUGACGUGAAAUGUUCAUAUUAUGGCACCGCUCAUGACUGAAGGCCUUGUUAUCCAGCUCCGUCUUUUUCCGCCAUCGUGUCGUAUAACAUACGUUUGCGUCGGAGCGUCGAUUUGGUGGUUCGCAAAAAAAGACGAGCACGGCCUUUCAGGAUUGUAGCCGGGUAGGCCGUGAGCUCAAUGCUGCUCUGGGGGGGGGGGGGGGUCUCUGCAAUGGCGAGCACUGUGGCGCGAUCAUCGAGAGACUCGUAUAAUUAUGCCACCUGCAGCAGUGUGUUUCUCGUUGCCGCCUAAGUAUCUAUAUCUUAGACAUUUCUUGACGGAGAAUUCGAUUUUGGCGUUCUUGCUUAGGAUUCCUGUGCAGUUUCGCUGUCAUUAAAAUUCAAGUGACCAACUGUGCAGCAUUCUAUCGCGGACAGAUGAGAUUCGCAGGAGAUGAGUAGAAAAGCGACAAAAUGAAGCGCUAUCGUUCGAUGUAGAGAACACAAACGUGUGCAUGAUUAAAUGUUCGUGCAAUACGGCGUUUUGUGCUGUGCUCACUGAACUGGCCAAUAGCAUAGGUUCGAAUUAUUGGAACCGUUGCACUCUUUAUUCUUCAUUACUGAGUGUUAGCGCAUGCGUUCCGUUUCUCCACGAUAGUAAUUGCAAAAAAGCACUGAAAAUGUAUAUCUUUAUAUUUUCUUGGACUUGUUCUCCUCACGUGUCUUAGUCGUCGACAAGUCGUGGCACUUGACAAAUGAGUUAGGGCCGAUGCAGAAGUGAAGUGCAAUUGUAACCGUGAAGUGAGCGAUGGGACCAUCUUGCGAGACAAUGUGCCUGAAGUAUUGACACUUAACGUACACAGUGGCUAGCGUUCCCGCAAGCCGCAUGUGUCAAAUUGAACAUUCUAACCCAGAAAAAGCUGCUCUUAGGCGUGUGGCACUUGGAGUUGUGCUAGGACGAGCCGGUACUUAACAAAGACACGCGUCAUGUUCUUCUUUUCCCAAACAGUACAUUAAAGUUUAACACCAUUGCGCUUUUCUCACAUCAACUAAUGGUGCUACGCGAUGUUUUUCGCCAGCGUUCACUGAUGUUUUCAAGGAAGCUUCUUCCUACGAAAAUGUUCGUAAAGACUGCGUUGGUCACAAGACAAACUGAAUUAGGAUUUGUAGCCAAGAAAAAGGAGCAAGGCCACAAUGACGCAGCGAAAACAUCAUCAUUCCUAGGUGGGAACCGACUAGCUGAGCAGUGUGCAUUUUAAAUUCUUGUAUUUCGUCUUUAUUGAACGUUAUCCUGUGUAAUAAUGUUCCUUUAGUGCUCGGUUGAUUUCAAGGUGUUCUUUGUUUUGUGGGCGCAUGAAAUGACAUGUAAGGGUUCCCGUGAAAUUAUUAAUGUUUAUAGACGUAUGCCGCGCAAAAACAUUUUAGGUUAUUACAUUCCGCAAAGCACAGACAAUGUAUAGCCAGAUUAGCCACUGCCUUUGAUGUAGCGUAGCUGAGAGCUCAAAACUCGCUUUGCAGUUUAUCUUGCAAGGGACCAAUGAAUGUAUUUAUGCAGAAUAUCAGGCUUCAUCUGGGAACCGCAUCACACCUGUAUAGACUAGUGAAAGGAUGUAAAACAAUAAGAAAAACGAAGUGGCUUGAAACGUUUUUUCGACUUUGACACCGUCAUUAAAAGAGGUUGGCGAAGUGUGUUUCGGGCAAGACAAGAAGAAGCAAAGCUUGUUAUACAUAUUAUACAUUUCUGUAUUGUUUUAAUACGUUGCAAGAGUAUUUUGUGUUGUAAAAGACAUUUUGUGUUAGUGUAGAAUGUGUGUGAAGCAAUCUAUAUUUCUGAAGUGAGGGAACGUGGAACAGGUGUCAACGUUUUGGGGGACAUCGUACUCCGCCAAUGCAUUUACAUAGUUUUUCCCUCUUUAACUUCUUUUACGUCACUUUCUGUCAUGAACUGCUUAAUUGCGCCCGCUUUGGAUUGUGGGUCGUUGGAUGAUCAGUACUUGCUGAACUCAAUAUCAUUACUCCUUGAUUUCUUGGAAAGCUGCUUUAUCUUUCCUCUUUAUUUUUUCAUUUUAUUAUUUACAGACAAUGCUUUCUUGUGCGGGGAAAAAGCAUUUAUGCUUGAACGCGAUUUCCGAACCUACUUUUCGAACCUAUUAGUUGUAGGUACUGCGUAUGUGCGGUGUUUGAUUGUUUCUAUUGAUUUUCCCCCCCAAAUAGGCAGUUUUUUUGUGGUUUAGAUAAGAAACCUAGCAUGGUCGGCCAUUCAUGGAAGCAAAAAGACGAAUGCUUUGUCUGAUGCACGCAAUGCUCAAAACUGUUGAACCAGCCUUCCCGAGAAACUCUUUUUUUAACGGUACCUUCCUUGGGUCUGGAGAUAAAACGCCCUAUCUUAGCCAAGUUAAUCUUUCAACGUGCCGAUGGUAUUACGCACAGAAAACGCAGCGCGCAUUGUCGUAAAAUGUGCCGUGCUUAACGCGUAUCAUAGCACCUAAACCUGCAGGCUCGCUUUGUUAAUUUCUGCAUGACCUGGUGCACUAUCCAAAGAAAGCAAAUCACCUUUAAACGUGGAAACUGACUGAAACGCGAGCAUAAACAGCCACAAUAACUACCCCAAAAUCUACUUCCCGGAUCAGUAUUCAAGUGCCAGGAAAACUUUAUGUAAGUGAGAAAAUCGUGAAUGGUAUCUGACAGACAAAAUUCAAUUGUCUUAGUAAAGCCUAGGCCUAAUGAUAUAUUGAGUAACGCAUUGAACCCGUACGUGGAAUAACAAUAUCAGAUAUUUUUCUAGAUUACAGAGCUUGUUUUUGUUUGAACAUCUUGCCUCAAUCGUAUUUCUUCAAGGUCUUGGAACGCCGUCGCGAAGAAUAUCUGCGUUUCGAAGCAAUGCCAAUGCAAGCAGAUGUUUCUAGGCUUAUUGUAGUCAAGGAGCUACUAUAUUCAUUAGGCAACUAAAAGAAACACACAAAAGGAAUGUUAAUAUAUUUAAAGCUACCAGACGCAAUGUUCGGAAGUGUGAAAAUUUUCGGUAGGCUUUUAUUCGUGUGAUUAGUGCUAGAAGGGCCACUGCCUGUGAUACCCGGUCGGACAAAAAUUGCAAGAUUGUUCGACUUCAAGAACGCUCAGGCAAAAGGGCGAGGAAGAAUAUUGCGUUUUGCUUGUUUCAUUUUAUAAAUUUGCUGGCCAUACAAAAAGUGUCGCUUUUGGCCGUAUGGACAAGACUCAGGCACCUCUUUUCUAGUUUAGUUCUAAUCAGCUCGGCCCUGGUGCCCGAUUUGCUUAAUGUGACAAUUUACCAUAGGCCAAAUGAGUUAUUUCGAAAAGGAAUGCCUCGAAAAAACAAAAGGGGUGCCGUUUAGAGACAACGCGUAGAGUAGCUUAGCUUUAGUGAAAGCUGAUUAGUGAGCAAUGCGAAACGUAGACUUGCCUUGAAUCAUCAACAAAAGGGUCUUUCCUUGAAAUGAAUAACCCUCUUAUUAUGCAGCCAUCGAUUGUGGCAGAAAAAAAUGGUAUGAGUACAUGCGGAUUAUUUUUUGUGCCUAUCUAUGUCUGGUUUCGCGAGUCAUGUCCUUUUUUUUUAUGUAACACGUUUCAACAUGUGUUUAGCUCUUGUUUCCCCAUUUACGAGUUAGGUGUCCACUUUAAUUGCGAACCAUCGCCCAGUGUGUUUUCCUCAACGCGUACAAGGCUUGGCACCAGGGCUGGCAAUUGGGCCCCACGACAAGGAGGCAGGAGUUCGCCCGGCGAACGUCUCUCUGUCGGAGUUUCUUAUUUAUUAUCACGCAUACCGCCUAUGACACUUUGCAGAUUGGGUGUGCUCUUUUUUUUUUUUUAAUCUUGUUUGUGUUUUCUCUUCUUCUCGACGUUGUUCCCUAUACCGUGUCGCGCUGCGUGCUUCCAGCCGAGUGCGAGGAACUGGCUCGACGAGGUCUCGGCACUCGAGCUUCUGUACAAAGUCGACUGCCAUAUGAGAGAAAGAAAGCGAAUAAAUACAAACGAAAAACACCAAA